CGCUUUUUACGCACAGACAAGCGCACAGCACCUUUUUGUGAUCCAGGCUAGAUGCUAAAGUAGCCCCAGCGUUGGCCUCACUUAGCACAGAAGAAGCAAAAGAAACACGUGCUAUUUCUGAGGUUUACCGGUCGAAACCAGCGUUCUCCACACUCAAAAGGGAUUUGCCAGUGGCCUUUAACAGCGUGGUGAUCAUUUACAAAGUUUGCUAUGGGCAAGAAGUCUCGCGAAGAGGAAUCCUCAUCCUCUGACGAGGAGGAAUAUGUUGUGGAGAAAGUGCUGGACAGGAGAGUGGUCAAAGGAAGGGUUGAAUUCUUCCUCAAAUGGAAAGGUUACUCGGAUAAGCACAACACGUGGGAGCCAGAGAAAAAUCUGGACUGCCCCGAGCUCAUUUCUGAAUUCAUGAAAACCUACAAGAAAGGUAGCGGCGGAAGCUCCACACCUAGCAGUGGGGCCAGCAAAUCAAGCACAGGCUCCUCGGGACGCUCAAAAGAAUCCAGCUCCUCUAAGAAGAGAAGCUCUGAUGAUGAUGAGGAAGGUGGAAGCAAGCCCAAAAAGAAGAAGGAGGACGACAUUCUGGUUGCACGCGGCUUUGAGAGAGGACUUGAGCCAGAGAAGAUAAUUGGGGCAACAGAUUCAUGUGGCGACUUGAUGUUUCUUAUGAAGUGGAAAGACUCUGAUGAGGCAGACCUUGUGCUUGCUAAGGAUGCCAAUCAUAAGUGCCCACAGAUUGUCAUAGCGUUCUAUGAGGAACGUCUCACCUGGCACGAAGACAGCGACAAGAAGGAGAAGGAUGCUGUCAGUGCGUGAGUGCAUCACGUCUGGAGGAAACAACCUCCUCCACUGCAGGGACAACCUUGAGUCGGACAUUUCUCACACCCAAACCACCCAUCCCUCUUCUUUACCAUGUCCAAAAAUGACACUUGAACAGGGCACACAGUCGUGUUUAUCUUCAUCCAUAACCCACUGGAGCUCAAGGGUCCAGACUGCUGACAAGAAACCAUCGAAUUGAGGGAGAGACUAUAGCCGACAUGGGUGAAAUGCUAUUGGGGAGAGGUUCUGCUGUUGUGUCUUUGUAUUCUUUUCCUUCUUUAUAACAUCUUAACACAUCCUGUUUUAGUGCUCAUGGGAUUCAGUCAGUGAGGUUUUUUCAGUAAUGGUCACCGGUUUAAACUCAGAAUAUAGACUCCAGAGUUUCUGCAAGAGCUGUUAGCCAUGAAGCUUGUCCUACAGAAGAUGCACAACCAAAUCCUAAAAUCUUUCAAGGCAGUGCACUUCUUGCUUUAAGUACUCACUAACGGUGCAGAGGAUAAGACUUUAGUAUCAUUAUUUAGGAAGCAACCACAGCAGCACUUUCCUGACUGCGUAAUCACUUCCUUUUUUAAAACUUUUUAUGAAUUAGAGUUUUUAGUUGUCCCAUCUAUCAAGAUUCAAAUACCCAGUUAACAAUUUGCAAAUAAUGCCAGCCAAUUUUGUAUUUUCAACAAUUUUUUUCUUCUUCUUUUUUUUUUUUUUAUCUCUUUUUAUGCUUAAUGUGAAUUUGUGGUGUUUUAAAUUCCUUCAUGCUAUCACAAGUCCAAGUAAAGGAUAAUAAAAACAAACAACUCUAUUUGGUAUUGCCUUUUUCCCUUUUUAUCUGCAGUGUUAUAUUAGGAUCGGUUAUCUUUUAGACAAUCUUGUAACCAGCAUUUGUCAAUAAUCACAGGAGUCUGCCACCUUGUGGCGUGUAAAGGAAAACCUUUUGGACCACUCUCACUGAUGACAACCCUGCAGUUUUAUUAUGUUGUUGCAUUCAUCAGAUAGUGAUUUAUUUUUCUUUUAUACAGUGUAAAGUGUUACAGUAGUCUUGGCUAUUAGUUUUUCAGUAUUGUAUUUUUAAUAUGAAAUAUUAAAACCAUUUUUAAUUGGA